CGUAAAGAAUAGCCAGCCAUUGUCUUCUUACUUCAUGCAACACUUGAACCUGACAUUAGGUGCAUUGUUGUUGUGAGAGAGACCAGCAAAUUCAAAGCAUAUCUGUUUAAUUUAUUUUCACCAAAGUCAUUUCAGAGAACAAAUCAUUUUACAUAGCCUACAGACAAUACUUGGAUGAACAUGUUUUUAGUGCUUCCAUACUUUUCACAUUUUAUCGCACUAGGUCAGGUUAUUUAAAAAUAGUGCAACAUCAUGUAAAACCAGAAUUAACACUUUCUGUGCGCAGACAUGUACGCCUACGCCAUAAAAAAUGCUGUCGCUGUUCUAGAGUCAGCUUUUUUAAAUCUCCUGUUACAGCACCUUGGUUCAAAAACACAAAACAAAAAAACAACAACUGAUAAAUGACCAGCAGUCAUGGACAUAUUUAUCCUAGAGCAUCAGAAACAGCAAUUAAAAAAAAAAAAAAAUGAAAUGAAAAAAAAAAAAAACUAAAAUUCUAAAUUCUAAAAAGUCUAAAAAUUUUGCCCAUUCCUUUAUUUAUUUUCCUAUUAUUUUUCAUUUCUGCAGGUUUGGGCCUCCAUAUUAAACACUCUUUGCUUAGGAAUGGAAAUGCUGUUGCGAAAAGUAUGCAAUGUGAAUACUCUGGCUACACGCCAUCAAACAUGCAAGAUGGAGGCAGUUUGCGCAAUUCUUGCAAGCAAUUUAUGUGAAGGUUUUUACAUUUAUUUACUGUGUUGUGCAAAUGUUGUUUUUUACCCAUGGUUCAGUGGCUAUGAUAACACAUUAUGAUCACCUUGAACAACUGGUUAAUUACCUGAAUUUGUGAGAAAAGGGCAUUGGGGAACAAACAGUGACGAGCAAUGCUUUUGAGGUUCUAGUUCUCCUGCAUUCCUCAAUACACACCAACCAACCGAUUAAAAUGAACUAUCUUACCUAUCUAUUCACAUUCCAGUACAAAAGGUUGUUUGUUGGAAAGGUACAGCCAGUAAUUGCUGUUUUGUGAAUGCAGACCUGUCGACACACGCAUUUAUGAACAGGACUGACCACUGCCCAGACAGACUGUGACAUGUUCUCAUUUUUUCAGUAUUUCCUCACACCUUUUACUUGACCGUGUAAACCUCUAGUGCUCUAUACUCUUUUGACAUGUAUAUAUGCUUCCACUAUGUUCAAACAUUUCUGCCUAACAUUUGCUAGCACAAUCGGGUAAUGUUGAUUUACUAGUUGCUAAAUGUGAUAUUUGAUAUUUGUAAUAUUUGACAGAGGGAAGAUAAACAAUACUGUAUUAUAUUUUCUUUGCUUUUAAAUGCGACUGAUGACUGCAUACACACUGUAUAAAAUGUUAAACCAAAAAAUAUCUACAAUAAAUAACAAGUAAUUGACUACCUGUAUAGUUACCUGUCCAUAGAGACAGUCUGUAUUGUUAUACACACACAAACACACAAUGGAAGUGCAUUAUGACAGAAGAACAUGAUGUCCAAUCAUAUGGUUCUCAGUUCAUGAAAAAAUAUUUAACCCAUUACUAAGGGAAGAUAGUAAUUCACAAAACUGACAGAUGACCACAAUGCAGGUUUUCCAUUAGCACUGUGCCAGAGAGAUAGACCAGUGUAGAUCUAAUUACAAUCUCUAUCUCACACAUUGGAAACCUGAUGCAGCUUGUGUCGGCCAUUCAAGCAAACUAAUCCCACCUGAAACCUCAUCCACUGAGGUUAAUAUUUAACAAGUGUUGAGAGUUUGGUUCCUCACAAAAACAAGCAUCUUUCCAGUUUUUCUCUAUCAUGUUUGCCAGGUAGGUCUUCCUACAGCUUUAACCGCAGUCAAGCAUCAUCUUGAAUCCAGGUAAUCCCUCUGAUUUAAUGAUUCAUUCAUUUCUUUAAUCUGAUUCGUAAAGUGGAUAGUGAUGGUUUCACUGUUUAUGUUAAUGUUUAUCUCUCAGAUUCAACAAAAGCUUUUAAAUGCAAGUCUAUCUGUCUGUUAUAGCCAGAGGUAGCUUUUGUUUUUAUAACCUGUACUUUCAUUAGAUGAUGACACACCCUUACUGCUUAAUCCUGGUUAACCAGUGGUAUAGUAAAAUGCUAUGAAAGUUUACAAUUUCCAACAUCAAAGAUACACUGGGAGAUGCUUUUACUGUUCUAUUGAAUAUAUAUAUUCAAACAGAUAGUUCUUAAAAAUAUAUGUUUUUCUCAGUUUGCAUGUUUGUGAAGGAAUCUGGCUGGUAAAGUCACCUCAAACAAUGUAUCAUGUUGAUGGGUUCUUAGUACCAUUUCUAAACAAAACAGAUACGAGCGCUCUGGCACCAUGUAUGUCAAUUCUGGAGCAGAAAAUGUGUCCAUGUCUUUGAACUUCAUGGGCAGGAAGUUACGUAAUCACACUGUUGCCCCAGCAGCCAAACAACGUGCCUGGGAGAACACUGACCUUUCUCGAUAUCAGGAUGAUCCGGUGGUCUCCACCCGAGUGGUACUUUCACAUCCCAUGUCAUCAGAGGAACUGCCAGGCAGUGUGCCUGAUCUGAGAGAAGAGGUUCAGUGGCGUAGACCGUGUAACAUUCAUAAUACGCUCCUAGACCAGGAUAAAGAUAGAGGUGCAGCAAAAUGUGAGUUCUCAUGGCUGAGGAAAGGUAGACUCAAAUGGAACACAUUCAGGCGCUGGAUCGGCACAGACCGGCACCGUGAUCCAAAGCGAGGUAGCAAAGCACCCAAUGUGUCUUCUAUGAGUGCAAGCGUAAGACAUCCUGAAGAUGAGACUCCAAUGGAUGUCAAGAUGUUUAUCCCAUACGACUCUGCCAAGCUAUGCAUAACCCAAAUAACAGAUGAUAUGAUCGCAUUGAAGAGCAGACAUCAGGAGAUGAUUCAAGAACUGGAGGAGAACUUUCUCAUUGCAUCACGAGAGAAUCAGGAAAAAACAGCUCUCAAAAUAAAAAGGUAUUACCAAAACAAACUUAACACCCUGAAGAGAAUCCUAGAUAUUUACCAGCAAAAGGUGGCCAGAAAAAACGCAUACUGGGAAGAAAAGGUCAAGACUCUGGAGAAUCUAAAUGAAAUACUUCAGGGGCAACACAAACUGCUUCAGGAGAGGAACCAAAAAGACUUGGCUUCAUGGGAUAAAGAAAAGAACAAGAUGAUGGAAUUGUUCUCCUCUCGAUUGGACCUCCUUCACAACCACCAGGCAUCAACACUGCAGGAGCUGCAUUUGGCCAGGGCAGAGAUGGGGAAGGUCCAGGAGAUGCUUGAGGCCUUUCAGGAGAAGAAAGAACCAGAAAAUUCCUCUGAAGGAAAGGACAGUAGUAACUCAGAUGCUCCACUAGAUGGAGCACAAGCACGUCUGGAGAUUUUGAAGGAUAAUCUGCUGAAGAGGGAGAGAGAGAUCUCAAUGCUCUUGGAAGAACAAGAGCGUGUGACAGAUACUGUCAAACGGUCAGAAUAUUCUCGCCUCCUCAGUGCUGUUAUACAACAGGCUCAUCAUGUGUAUGCUGAGCUGACAGAGGCUAAACAGCAGUUUGAUCAAAUGGCAGAAGACAACCUAAAAAUUCUGGCUGAGAUUAAAGAAAGUCUUGGCCAAACAGUGGAAGAGUCCAGCCAGAAGAGUCAUGAGGAACUAGAGGAUGCACAGCAGAAAAUGGCAGAGCCACAGGUGGCUGAAGAAUCACAGGCCAGUUUACUCCAUCAUCAGGUCAUACAAGUGGCUUUGGAGUGCAUCAGAGCAGGGGCUAAACCCAAUGUCAUUGAGACUGACAUGAAUGAGGCAUGGGAGGCAGAGCUGGAUGAAAAAGUCAGAAAAUUUGAGGAGGAUUUCCAAAACAAUGGAUUCUUAAACUCUGAAACUGCUAAAAGUGUGGGGCAGCAGUUGUUAUUACUUCAAGCUGAGUUGAAGCAAAUCAAAGAUGAAAACAAGAAGAUUAUUGAAAACUACUCUGCUGAAAGAACCUUGAGGAAGAAGUACUACAACAUGGUGGAGGACAUGAAAGGUAAGAUCAGAGUAUUCUGUCGAAUAAGGCCACUGACUCUUGCAGAGCAGGCAAGAAGAGGUCAGACCAUUGUUGCUUGUCUUGAUGACUACUCUGUGAUCCUGGAAACCCCUCGAGGACCUCGUGAGUUUCAGUUUGACAAAAUCUUCAACUCAGAUUGUACGCAAGAGGAGGUCUUCAUAGAGUCCAGUGGGCUAAUCCAGUGUGCAAUUGAUGGAUUUAACGUAUGCAUUUUUGCAUACGGUCAUACGGGUUCAGGGAAAACCUUCACAAUGGUUGGAGACAGAGAUCGGAGGAACCCAGGAAUCAUUCCCAGAACAUUCACCAAGAUCUUUGAGAUCAUCCAGGAUAAUGAGUCUAAAUUUGAGUUUAAGGUUUCAGCCUACAUGCUGGAGCUGUACAACGACCGCCUACAGGAUCUCUUUGUGAGCCCCGCUGAAGCUUUCAGCAAGCGAAUCGAAAUUAAGAGGGACAGAAAGGGGCUUGUGUUUGCCCAGGGAGCAGAGACAAAGGAGGCAGCCAGUGCCGGCGAACUCUUUGCAUUAUUUGAGCAGGGCUGUGCAAAUCGCCACAUUGCGGCCACAAAGAUGAAUGUAGAGAGUUCCCGCUCUCACCUGAUCGUUGGCAUAAUGAUUGAGAGCCGGAAUCUGACCAAUGGAAGUGUGAGUUUUGGGAAGCUCAGUCUGGUGGACCUGGCAGGAAGUGAACGAGCAGCAAAAACUGGAGCAAAAGAUGACCAGCUGAAGCUAUGCAACUCGAGUGAAAGCCAUCACCAACAAUGCUCAAAGGAACAUAGACAGCAAAGAAAUCGCUCAACUGAAAGAGGUGAUUUUAAAAUUGAAGUCAGGUCAGCCUGUGGAAGAAGACAUCUAAACUAUCAUAAAGUCCUGGAGAUAUAGCUGUUUUAAAUUAGGCCUGUUUGCAUUUAUGCAUGUUAUAUACCUUUCUAACCAUUUCUCAUGAA